UGUCUUUCGUCUCAGGAUUUGCUAGCUUCCUUUUUUCGCCUAUUAUUAUACAUGUCCUCGGAUUAGCCUCGAUUCUUCCGAGGCCUCGCGCGAUACAUUCCCACAAUGUACACAGUCACAGUUUAAUCAAAUGAUAAUCUAACUAACCGAUUAGUUUCGCCGUUUUGGUUAUCGCGAUCGAAGUGGUGCUCGUCGUGCUCGAAGAGAUAGUGGCCGGCGAUAACAAUUCGUACCGUCGCAACAAGCAAAGAUUAGGGAAUCUCCGAUAUGUUCUCCGUGACGUAGGACGGAGUCUGUUCGCCGUCGCCGAGCGGAAGCUGGGGAGGAGUUUCGUAAUAAAUAAAGUGCAUCUGUUUAGCAUAAGUAUUUCGUUGCGCCGCGUCGCGCAAAUUGGCCGUUUUAAUUGUGCGCGCGUGGCGCAGCAUCCUGAAGGCUGGAUCCGAAACGCGCACGCAGCACGAAGAAACUGUUACCACCCAUCUUCUCCCGGGGAACAUCGGAGGUCUCGGUCGACAGUGAUAUGCCGCCGCAGGAGAAGUUUCCAGUGUCCGCCGGGGUUUCCGGGAACUUGUCCCCGCAGGAUGCGAGCCCCGACGGGGGCCUGUCAGCCUCGGCCUCAUCCGACGGGCUUUCGUCCGUCAAGGGCCGCAAGAGCGGCGAUGAUCAGGAUGACCAGGAGCAGCCUAAGGACAUAGACUUCGACGACUUGCUGCCGCACGUAGGCGAGUUCGGCACCUAUCAGAGAAUCCUGUUCGUGCUAAUGAUACCGUUCGCCUUCUUCGUCGCCUGGGUGUACUUCUCGCAGAUAUUCAUCACCCUCGUGCCGGAGAAGCACUGGUGUCGCGUGCCGGAAUUGGAGAACCUCCCGGUCGAAGAAAGAAUCGCCCUGGCGAUACCGGUCGGCGAGGAUGGCUAUUCCAAAUGCACCAUGUACGAUGUGAAUUACACGGAACUCCUAUUGAACGGGAUCAGAGAGGCGGAUUCGAACUGGCCGACGAAGGGUUGCUCGCACGGUUGGGAGUUCAAUUUUACCGACAUCCCCUACGAGACCGUGGCGACCGAGUUGGGAUGGGUGUGUGAACACAGCGCGCUGCCGACGACCGCUCAGAGCGUCUUCUUUGUCGGCGCGAUCUUCGGCGGCCUGAUCUUCGGAUGGAUCGCCGACAGAUACGGCAGAAUACCGGCGCUGGUCGGCGCAAAUGUCACCGGCUUUCUAGCGGGUGUCGCGACCGUUUUGGCCGGAAGUUUCUGGGAGUUCGCGCUGUGCCGGUUCUUUGUCGGCUUCGCCUUCGACAAUUGUUUCACCAUGAUGUACAUACUGGUACUGGAAUACGUGGGACCGAAAUGGCGCACUUUCGUGGCGAACAUGUCGAUAGCACUCUUCUUCACGUUCGCCGCCUGCAUCUUACCUUGGAUCGCGUACUUCCUAGCCAACUGGAGGCUGACUUGCAUUACAAUAUCCGUCCCUCUGGCUCUGGCGGUGGCGGCACCCUGGUUGGUACCAGAAAGCGCGAGGUGGCUUGUCAGUCAAGGCCAAGUGGAGAAAGCCAUUGGGAUCUUGGGUAAAUUCGAACGCAUGAACGGCACGAAAGUACCCGAAAACGUCUAUCAACAGUUCCGCGAAACCUGCGCCAGAGUAUGCAAAGAGCAAGAGGCGGACAAGACUUACUCCGUGGUGGAUCUAUUUAAGAGUCCACGUUUGCGAAAUGUUACGAUUCUCCUCAUUAUUAUCUGGAUGGUGAUAUCGCUGGUAUUUGAUGGCCACGUAAGAAACGUGAAUAAUCUCGGGCUCGACGUCUUUGUAACGUUUACCAUAGCGGCGUUUACCGAACUACCCGCCGACACGUUCCUUACCCUCGUUCUCGAUCGAUGGGGUAGACGAUGGUUGGCCUGCGGUACCAUGGUAAUUUCCGGAAUUUUCAGCAUUUGGGCAAGCGCGAUUUCAAACAAUAUUUAUUCGGCUACCCUGGCGAUCGUCGGUAGAUUCUGGGUCAACAUCUCAUAUAACAUCGGUCUUCAGUAUGCGGCCGAAGUGUUGCCGACAGUUGUAAGGGCUCAAGGGGUUGCCUUGAUCCAUAUAAUGGGAUACGUAGCCAGCAUCCUUGCACCCUUUGUCGUUUACCUGGACACUGUCUCGCCCAUUUUGCCACUACUGGUUCUCGGCGUCAUGGGCAUUCUGGGCGGUCUUUUGACACUUCUUUUACCGGAGACACUCGAUAAGGAUCUGCCACAGACCUUGCAGGACGGUGAAGAUUUCGGAAAGAAUCAGAAGCUAUGGGACAUGCCGUGUCUCUCGAAAAAAAAGCCUGACGUGGAGGCGCCGCCAGUGGCCGUCUUCCGGUCCUUCGAACGCAGCAGUUUCCGAAGUUCAAUGAGAGCAUCUAUUCGCGGUGAGACCCUGAGGAGCAGCAUGAUACAAAGAUCGAGCAUAAGAUCACGGAAAAGCGUAAAUGCGGCCACGGAAGAGAGCAAGUGCGGAGAGCUGAAGAGAGCGAAGAGCAAAUGAAUACUUCGAGACACGCUGCCCUGAUUCUUUCUCUCUCUCUCUCUCUCUCUCUUUCUCUCUCUCUCUCUCUCUCUCUCUUUCUGUCUCUACCGUUGUUCUUUCCUUCAGAAUUGUGUGAUACCGCGGAGCUAUCAAAAUCAAAUUAUGCAUACACCUGUAUCUAUAACCGUCAAUGGCAGUUUUAGAUCGACGAAAAGACAAAAUGGAACGUUACUUUCUAACCCGUUACUCUAUUAAAGUUUACUUAAAUAGAGGAGAGGAAGGUUGUUGCAAUUAAUUUUAAAUAUUGACAGUAGAGAAGUAUAGAAAUGUCAAUUAGAACUUAAUCAGAAUUCAACUAAAACGCUCUAAUUGGCCGGUCUAUUCCCACUCAGCAGAUUAUGCCCCUUACGAUUUUCUUUAUUAUAUUAUUCUAAAUUCUAUAUGUGUGACGUUCUUGAAAUCUGACUUGGAUUUCAAGUAAAUAGAUAGGGACUCUUACUCCCAGUCAUGUAGUAUUAACGCGAAGCUACAGAUUUUUUUAUUGCGAUUCAUACUUACAUAUAUAUUUUUACCACGCUUGUAUUUAAUAAGAGGAAGAAAAAUCGGUGUCGUGAAAGCUUAGAAACGCGUGACGUUUUGAAACUCUUAUCUGUUCCUUACGAAAUGCGCGUCCUUCGAGGGAAAAAGAAAGAAGAGAAACUUUCAGAUGCGAGAAUAUUUUCAGACGGUGCGUUCCGAUUAGAUGAGAAACAGAUGAAAGGCAAAUGUGUACUCGAGACAAUGCUGAGAACGGUUCGUGUGCAUUUUACAUAAAUUGAUCGCGUUGCUGCAGCUGCGACACAUCACUGUUGCUCACGUUCACACGUAUAGUAUGUAAUACAACAAUGUACAUAGCGAAUGGGAAUCAAAUUUUUGAGUUAUAUCAAACGACGCGAUGGACUGCGCAUUGAAUGCGAAUUGUAGAUCGCGCGUCCUGAAUGGGAAAUUUUCGGAUAUAGCAGCUUUAUUGUGAUAAUGAACACGCGUAUCGACGCCGACGUCUUCCCGCCGUUCAGAAACGCUCCUAGAAAUGCUUUUCGCUGAAAUUCAUCAGAGAUCUCGAGAUUUGUGUACAUAUACAGUAUUUUAUAAUGUAAAUAUAAGAAUAUUAAAUUAAUUUGUAUGUCCCGCUGAUCUGUGUUAAUAAAUGUAAACUGAUAUUCAGUCGGAUAGAUAAUUACCGCCAUUACCGGUCGCCUUUGAUUAAAAGGCGCUGGUAUUGCUCUGUGACGAAGGUGCGAUCAUUAAUGAACGGUAACAACUAUCGACAGUUUCUCGAUCGCAAAUGAGAGAGUUAUAUAUGUUAUAGUUUAAUUGUUCCAUGCUAUUGCAUUGCAAUUGACGAUUAUCGUCGACUCGGCAAAUGUAUACGCUAAUGUAAUAUCGACGAAAUGUUGAAUACAGACAUUGGGGUCAUUCAUAAGC